GUAACGUUUGAUUUCGAGUAAUGAAAAAAGAAUACUUGAGCAUCUUACCUCUUUUUGUUAUUAUGUUACUUCAUGCAAUACAUUAUGAUAUUAUGGUAUAAACUGGUUUGUAAACUUAUAUUUAUAUUUUGAUGUAACUUUUUCUAGUUAAAAAAAAAAGUUGUUUUUUAUUAGAGUUUCAUGAAUGGCUGCUGGUAGAACCUGUGAGGAAUGCAACCUGCAAAGUUGAACCAAUGGACCAGCUAAAUAUCCGGUCGGUUGGGGGGGGGGGGGGGGGGUUGUUUGUGUUAGGAGUUGGACUGACAUAUAGUCAUUGCUACUUGCUGUAUUAGGCACACUUAUGACCAGCCUUUUAUUGUACUCUGAGUUGCAAGAACAAGAUCCCUCAUUUUUUGUACCUGAUUAAAGAUGGAAUAGAGAUUCCUGCGCUGUACAUAAACCUCAAAUCGUUAAUCAUUGGAUACUGCUACGCAUGACUUGAGUGAAAAUGUGAAACUAAAGAAGCAAACUAGUGAGAAAAAUGUUAAUAUGAAUUUUGAACUAUGUAAAGCACUUCACUCAAAAGUUGUAAUGCUUGUAGUUCCUUGUGAAGAUAGUUUCUUUUUGGUUUUCUUUGUUGUUGUAUUGGUGGGAAUUGACUGCUGAAUCUUUCUCUGAUUUGUGUAAUCUUUCCUUCACUGAGUUGUGUGGUACUUUGUUGUUCUGGUGGUUUUUGUUAGUCAAAAUACUGAUCGUAUGGAUUGUUCUCUAACCAGAUAUGCAUAAAUGAAAUUUUUGACGAAGUCUGUUACUUUUUUGAACUUGAAUGAGAUGAAACUGUUAACAAGUACUUGGAGCUCUUUUAAAAGUUAACAUGAUUUUAGUUUAUAAUGUUUCGUUUGGGUUAUUUACCUUUUUCCUGUGUUUUGCGUGGUUGUUAAGAGACUGUUAUGAUGCGUUUUAGUUUAAUGCCUAAUUCGUAUUUCAUUUGGUGAGAUUGACACUGUUAUUGUAUGUUAAGAGACGAAUUUGAAGUUGAUUAUUAAUUUUUUCGGUUUUUAGUUGCAGUGUGUUUUACUGGGUAAUUGCUUGUGAGUUCGUGGAAGAUAGGCUUACUUAUUCUCCAAAGCUGAUCUAGAACUCUUCAUAUUUGCAGUUUUGGUGCUUAAUGUCCAACAAUCUUGUUUCACACUUCCCCCUACUAAAUAGGCAGGUGGUUUCGAUGGAGGGUACCUCCACCCCACUGGACUUGCCAACAUCAGAAAUGCAAAUGAGAAUGGCUGGUCAAGUACCUAACAAUGACCUAUCACAUCAGUUUGCUUUGUCAAAUGAGCAAAUGGGAGUGACAGAGCCGAUUUCCAGUAAUCUAGGAUUCCAAAAUGUGUUGGUACCAAACAACAGGGUAGGACAGAAUGAACUGGAUGUUGGCAUUAAUGGAUCAAAUGCAUUCUGGAUGCCAAGCGAACAAGUUCAUGAUGGUGCACUCAUGCAAAACAUCCAAGCUGGAGAAAAGUCAUUGUUGCCAAGUAAGCGCAAGGCUGAAGGGAGUCCUGGACAAUAUAAUUUUGUCCCUCAACAGUCGCUGAUUCCAAAUAAGCGUGCAACACACAUGGGAGCCAACAUCAAUUCACCUGGAUUGACACAACUGGCACAACAAAAGAAAACUGCACCGAUGCAGUCCAAAUUGACUUCUCCAAGGUUGCAAAAUCAACCUUUGCCAAAUAAGAAAAUGGUGCGAAAUGAAUCUAUAUCCAGUAAAUCUGGUGGGCCACGGGGGCAGAAUUCGAAGAGACCAACUUCACUAAUGGAAUCUGGGUCCAAGGUUCAGACAGAGUCAUCUGAAGCUAUUAGGUCGAAAAUGAGGGAGUCACUAGCUGAUGCGCUGUCCUUGGCAUUUCAAAAGCCAGAUAAAGAUGCAAAUGCAGAGGAAAACAAGACUGAUGCAGCCAACAUUAAUCAGACACCUGUGGAGUGUCAGUCUUCUGUGUCCAAUUUGACUACAGCUACUCCUAUUUCUGGUUCCAAGGAUAAUUUACUUUCAAAAGAGUUGGCCACAGCCGGUAAACCCAGUGAUUGUCAGGUGUUAUCUGCCAAGUUUCCUUCUCAAGAAAGCAGUGGAAAUGAUGUACAAGCUUUUCGGGAGUUUCAUUAUGGUACCGAUUUACCCGAUGAGGAUGUUUCAUUUAGUGAAAAUUUCUUUGUUAAAGAUGAUCUAUUACAGGGGAAUGGGCUUUCAUGGGCAUUAGAUUUUGACAUGGAGGUAAGAGAACGAAAGGAGGCUCAAAAUUCUGAGAAGGCCAUGUCUUUAACGGAGGAAUCUCAGGGGGCUGGAAAUGAGGAUGAGCUAGGUGGUUUAACUUCAAAAAAUUUAGCUUUUAAAAUUGAAGCAGAACUGUUCAAAGUUUUUGGUGGUGUAAACAAAAAGUACAAAGAGAAGGGUAGGUCUCUCUUAUUCAACCUGAAAGAUCGUAAUAAUCCGGAACUGAGAGAGAGAGUUGUGUCUGGUGAAAUAUCACCUGAAAGGUUGUGUUCAAUGUCAGCCGAAGAACUUGCUUCUAAGGAGUUAUCAGAGUGGCGAAUGGCAAAAGCAGAAGAGAUGGCACAAAUGGUAGUUUUGCCUGACACAGAUAUAAGACGUUUGGUUAAGAAAACGCACAAGGGUGAGUAUCAAGUAGAAAUGGAACGUGACUAUAGUAUGGCUGCUGAGGUCUCUGGCGGGACUAAUGUGUUGACACAUCGUAAGCCAAAGGAGACUGAAACUCAUUCUCCUUCCAAGUUAGAUGAUAAUAAAGAGAGAGAGAAUGUUGCAGGUCUGGAAAAAAAUUCAGAAAACCAGGAUUUUCAAGGUAGUCUGGUUAUCCCCACUGAUGGGACUGAUUUAAUGCAAGGAAUAAUGGUGGAUGAUGAAUUGAAGGAUGCUGAUUUUCUUCCUCCAAUUGUUUCUUUGGAUGAGUUUAUGGAGUCCCUUAAUUCUGAACCUCCUUUCGAUAAUAUACCUGCAGAUGCAGAUAAAACAUCCCACAUCACUCGCAAGGAAAGACCAGAAGAAGUAAACAAUUCUAAGGCUUCGAUUUCAGCUGCAGAAAAUUCUACACAUACCCCCUCCAAGAAGGUAGAUGAAUCUCUUAGUGACCGUAAAGUCGAUGCGGCAGUUCAGUCGAACAGUAGUUCUGCAGUGCAAAAGGGUCUUCCUUCUGGUGAUGCGUCUGAGGUUGAAUGUUUGUGGGAGGGCGUUCUUCAACUAAAUAUUUCAUCCUUGGUAAACGUCGGUGGUCAAUUUCAAAGUGGCGAAAAGACGCCGACAAAAGAGUGGCCCAGCUCUCUCGAGAUCAAGGGCAGAGUUAGACUUGACGCUUUUGAAAAAUUCUUUCGAGAACUUCCUAUGUCUCGAACUCGUGCAGUCAUGAUUCUCCACUUCGUCUUGAAGAACAAACAAUCAGAGAACGAGAGGACGGCCAUUUCUGAGGCUGUGGAUUCAUAUGUUGCCGAGGACAGAAUGGGAUUUGCGGAGCCAGUCCCUGGAGUCGAGCUUUAUUUAUGCCCACCGUCCUCAAAAAUGCUUGAUAUGCUAACCGAGCACCACUCUAAGAUGGCUAAUAUUAUUGAUGAUGGAUUAAUUGGUGUAGUUGUAUGGAGACGUCGUCAUAUAAGCAACACAAUAUCACCUAAUUCUUCGUCACAUCACAAACAUAGCUCGAAGAAGCAGCCAUUUGCUGCCCAUCUUAAGGAAGGGCAGAACUCGAAUAAUAACAAGAAUACUUCAGUUUCAGCUAAGACCUCUACUCGUUCCAAUCCCAAGCCUCAGGAGGAAGAGGAUGACGAUAUCCCUCCUGGGUUCGGCCCUGUGGCUGCUGCCCGAGCAGCAAAAGAUGACGAUGAUUUACCCGAGUUUAACUUCUCUGGUGAUAUAAAACCAUUACCUGGGGCUGUAUCUCAAAAUUUGCAUCGUGGUGUAAAAAUUACUACUAGCUUUAAUCAAAACCCUCAACUCCCUGUUGAUCAAGUUAGAGAGCUUAUUCAAAAAUAUGGACAAACUGAAACUAGUUCUACGAAUAGGAAUUGGGUAGAUAAUAAAGGUCUUGGUAUAGAACCGUGGAAGGAGGAAGAGGAUGAUGACAUUCCUGAGUGGCGGCCUAAUGCUCCACCAUCGGUGCACCACCUUCAGCCACCGGUUCAUGGCUUUCGUCCACCAAUGCACCGCCCUUUGAUCAACCAACGUGUUAUUCCCCCGGUUACUAGAGCACUGGCAAGUCCUUCAGGCUUGGCAUCUUGGCGUCCGGGGGCUAGAUCGGUGCAGCCUCCUGGUCGUCACCCAGGUGCAAGGUGGAGGCACUAGAUAGGAUUUGUGGUAACUGGGAGUUUCGGUUCUCGAUUACUGUGUUGUAAAUUAUAAGUUCUUUUUCUUUCUCUUCUCCUGUCUUUUGAUUUCGGUUUUAGAAUGUUAGGAUGUAGUGUAGCUUUAUAGUGUAAACAUUUCAUCAUUUCUGCAGUGUUUUGUACCUUAAAAUUGAAGUUAAUUUUGUUUUAAUGUUCAGACAAGUUUCGACUCA